CACCGGGGAAAAACUGGAAGUUUGCGCAGUGGAGUUAAGGACUGAUUUUGAAGUCAAGACAAGACUAGCGCGAUAUCGUAGAGUACUGCCAUUGUUGCCUUAAUUUUUUUUAAAAAAUAUUUACGAGUCUGCCAUAUUUAAGAAAAUGCCACUCAGUACUCGAGAAAUAAUGGAUGCCCUUGCCAUUGUGGCAGAACACGAAAACGUGAAAGUUGCAGUCAGAAAAUCGGUUACGGGAGGUGUUAUUGCUUGUUUAACAACUAUUUGUGGAGGCCUCCUGGGUGGACGUUUCGGCAUGGCGAUUGGUAGCACAUUAGGUGGAAUCGCAGCCUAUAUUAUGAGUGACAACUUCAAGCCUCUCCCACAAAUAUUAAAGGAAGACCUUAGUGUUCAACAGAAGGAAGAAUUGGUUAGAUCUGUUCGGGCUGUUAUUAAUGACAUUAGAGUAGAAGAUGCAGUUAUGCUUGCGACAUUGAUUGUCGGUAACAGAACUCUAUCAAAAACUGUUCUACAGUUGGUAGUAAAUUUUCUGAGAACUCAGAUGUAGAAGUAACUGGUCCAAGCUAUGUUCAGUAGUAUCAUUUUUCUGUUUAAAAUCAAACAAUAUUAUUGUCAUACAAUGUAGGCUCUCACAGCCAGUGUUGUCUUCAAUUAAAACUUCUGGGCUGAGAGGCCGUGGUCAUUGUAUAAAAUUUCCACCGAAUGUUACGUCUCCAUAUGCGGGAGACAUCUUCUGAGGUCGUCUGGCUACUGCCACUGAGGCUCCAGGUACUCUCACAUUUAUAGAGCGCAUAGAGGGCACCACCAUUUGACACGUCGGCAUCAUAAUGGAGAUGAAAAUUAGGUGGAAAUUUUAUACAUCGACCAUGGCCUCCCAGUCUGGACGUUUUAACUGAAGAAUGUUAUUGUCAUUUUUGUGUGUAAAUAAUUUAUAUUUUUUAUUUAAAACAGUCACUAAAUGAUGUUUUUAUCUAGCCAUAUCACCCAUGGGAAUUUACAUUUUGAGAAUACAGUGAUUGUCUACUUUACUUCAAUAAAAUAGUGGUGUCAGCAUUUUUACAAAAGGCACAACCCAGUAAUAUGAUCGUGUUCAUGUAUCUUUUAGGAAUUAUUCUGUGUUGCAUAGCUUUACCAUAUAUAGAAAUGUAUUACUUUCACAGAAUUUAAUUUUUGUGUGAUCAGUGUUACACAUAUCAGAAUGUGAUAUGGACUGUAAUAAGUAUGACAAAUGAGGUUGCUAUAAAAUUUAUUUUCAGCAUUAGCUAGGAAAAUGAGCUAGUGUGUGAUAGUUUGUCUUUAUAUUUGAUAUAAUAUGUCAUCUAGUGCUGCAAUAUAAGAUUAAUAUUGCCAGUACCAUGGAAAUAAAUUAAUGAAAUUCAGAAA